AUGUACAACGAUCCAUGUCUCGAGAAGGCGCGGAAUAGCAUCGAGAAACCUCCCCCAGGGGUUCCUCAAGGUGUUAUCAUCCCUGGCUCUGAAAAAGAUGGAAGGACUGGUGUAUAUCGCCACUGGAGAGCUGCUGAGGGAGAGCUAUUGAAAACUAUCGAUCCUGAGAUUACAACCAUGUUCGAAGCUUUCGAGGCAGCUAGCAGGAAAUGGCCAGACAAUAAAUGUUUAGGAUGGCGCGAGCAGGAUAAGAAGACAGGUGUUUGGGGACCGUAUUUGUGGAUGGAUUAUCAGACUGUUCAGAAGCGACGUACGGACUUUGGCGCUGGUUUGGUUCAUUUGCAUCAGUCAAUAGGCCUUACAAUAGAUAAAUACGUCACUCUACACUUCGCAUCUCUGAAUCAUAUCCCCACCUUACUCUCUCUAAAGGAACGACUUCCCACGCUCAAAUUUAUAAUUUCUAUGGAUCCCCUCGAAGACGGCGAACCAGUAGGAAACACAAAGAAAGCUCUUCUUGGGGCAUGGGCUACAAAGGAAGGUGUUCAGCUACACUCUAUUUACGACAUUGAACUCCUUGGCCAGCAACAUCCCAAACCAUUUGCGCCCCCGAGUCCUGAUGAUGCAAUUACAAUCAACUACACCUCAGGGACCACGGGUUUCCCUAAAGGUGUACUGCUAACUCACAUGAAUGCUGUCUGUGCUGCUUCAUGUGCACACCUAUCGCCCAUGUACCAAAUGCCCGGCGAUUUCUCCCUCUCUUAUCUUCCACUUGCACAUAUAUAUGCCCGAGUAACGGAACAUGCACAAUUAUGGUCUGGCUGUGCAAUCGGCUACUGGCAUGGUAACAUUCUCGAGCUUACUGAUGAUCUGAAAGCACUCCGACCCAAUACCUUCAUCUCUGUCCCUCGUCUCUAUAAUCGCUUUAACAGCGCCAUCAAAUCUUUAACCAUCGAACAAGGUGGUGUUAAGGGCGCACUGUCCCGAAAAGCAGUAGACACAAAACUUGCAAAUCUUAAAUCAUGUGGCUCAAACAAGCAUGGCCUCUAUGAUCGUCUCUGGGGGAACAAGGUCCGCACUGGAAUCGGUUUUGACCGUCUUCGCGCUUGUGUGAGCGGAAGUGCUCCUAUCGCGCCAUCUGUUAUAUCGUUCCUCCGGAUCGUUUUCUCGAAUAAUUUCAUCGAAGGCUACGGCCUCACGGAAACCUAUGCAGUCACUCUUGGCCAGCUUGCACAAGACAACAGCGCCGGUAAUGUUGGCCCUCCUACAUUCGCCGCCGAGUGCGUUCUCCGUGAUGUUCCCGAAAUGGGUUACACCUCAAAAGAUAAACCUUACCCCCGCGGAGAGCUCCUUACUCGCGGUCCGAUGGUCUUCAAAGGCUAUUACAAAGCCCCUGAUAAGACUGCCGAGGUCCUAGAUGCAGAUGGCUGGUUUGCAACCGGCGAUAUUUGCAAAGUUGAUGAAUUAGGUAGAUUUAGCAUCAUCGACCGUGUGAAGAACCUCCUCAAGUUAGCACAGGGCGAAUAUGUUUCUCCGGAAAGGGUCGAAAACGCUUACCUGGGCAGCAUGAAUAUCUUCCAACAAGCCUAUGUCCAUGGUGACUCAUUCCAGCCAUUCCUAGUGGCAGUAAUGGGCGUCGACCGUGAAAACUUCUCAACAUUUGCUGGAAAGGUCCUUAAGAAGACGAUAGCACCCCUGGAUACAGAGGCUGUCACUGCUGCAUGUGGAGAUAUCGUAGUUCGCAAGGCUGUGCUAAGGGAGAUGGAUAAGGUCAUUAAGAAGAAUAAGAUGACAGGUUUCGAGAGGGUGCGGAACGUACACCUCUGCUUGGACCCUUUCACAAUUGAGAAUGAUUUGUUGACACCUACUUUAAAACUCAAACGCCCGCCCGCUGCCAAGGCAUUCAAGGAACAGAUCGAUUCUUUGUACCAAGAAGCAUUAGCAGAGGAACCGAAGAAAUCAAAGCUAUAG